GCCCCUUCUCUCUCCUACUACAACCAUCGUUCACAACGUUAUCCGUGUUGUCGUAUUGUCGCCUGUUUUCGAGAUCAUAAAUAUAAAUGUUACGAGUCAGUUCAUACAAUAGUAAAUAAAGCAAUAGCGGUUAUUGACAUUAACCUUGAUAGCUAAUCAGUAAUCACCCUUCAAAACAGGUAGAUGAAUGUUUGUUAUUCCAGAACAAAAUAUUAUGCGGUUACCUCCGUAUAAACGAAAACAAAAUUGUAAAAUAAUAAUAAUUGUGGUGGUUAGUUUUAGUAUUUAAUAACUUGCUUGAUAGACUGUACGAAUUAUUAUUUUGCAUUUUUAACGUUUAGGUAGUUAAGUGCCUUGUUUGCUACGGGAUCACGGGAAUUCAUAUUCAAGAAAACCAUUUCAUUGUUAUUUUCCAAACCUGUUGAUUAUUCCUGAAAAUGGAGACAAACACACAGCGACCGCCUGAUAAAGCUCAAGUGGAAUUUGAGGAAGACGGAUUUGGUGUAUUUACAGAUAAAACCACGGGCGUAACUUCCCCUGUCAGACGAUUUACAUGGAAGAAUUCUAAUAACGUUAGUGUUCAAGUCAUUACGUACGGGGCAACGAUAACAUCUAUAAAAUUGCCAGGAAAAAAUGGAAAUAUUGAUGAUAUUGUUAUGGGAUUUGAUAACAUGGAAGGUUAUUUGAACGCUCUUAAUCCAUAUUUUGGCGCCACAGUAGGUCGCGUAGCUAACCGAAUAGGUCAUGCCAAAAUAACCAUCGAAGGCGUUACAUACAAUGUUUCAGCUAAUAUAUCACCACAUCAACUGCACGGAGGAUUCCGAGGAUUUGAUAAAGUAAACUGGAACCACUAUAUCCAGGGUACCAAAGUUGUUCUCAGCUACAUUUCUGUUGAUAAAGAAGAAGGUUUUCCGGGAGAUGUUAUAGUGAAUGCUAGCUUCGAAUUGACAAAUGAUAAUGAGUUUUUAGUAAAUUAUAAAGCAACCACUACCAAGCCAACCUACGUUAAUUUGACCAAUCAUUCUUACUUUAACUUGGCUGGGCAAAGCAAAGGAUCAGAAGAGUUGUACAAGCAUGAAAUUUCAAUCAAUUCUGACAGUACUACCGAUGUUGAUAAUAAUUCUAUACCUACAGGUAAAAUUCUUCCAGUAGCUGAUACGAUAUUCGAUCUAAGAAUUCCCAAAGUACUCGGUGACGUCAUACACAAAAUUGCAGGCUAUGAUGGUUUCGAUCAUAAUUUUUGUAUAAAUAAAGCCUCAAAACAAGAAAAUACUUUUGCCGCAAAAGUAGUCCACCCUCCAAGUGGUAGAGCAUUGGAAAUUUAUACAAAUCAACCUGGUGUUCAGUUCUAUUGUUCCAACAGUUUGCCAAAACGUAGUGACAAGGAAACUGUUAUUGGAAAAAAUGGUACACAAUACUAUCACCAUGGCGCUUUAUGCUUUGAGACACAAAACUGGCCAGAUGCUAUUAACCAUAAGAAUUUUCCACCAGCGGUGCUCUAUCCAGGUCAACAAUAUCACCAUUCUGUGGUUUAUAAAUUUUUUGUAAAUUAAACAGAACACAAAAUCUUACUUUAUGUUAAAUAUUCUUACAGUGUAGAUAUUUUAAAAUAAAAAAAUAUAUAUUUGUAAAAAUGUGCUUUAUUUUAUAUAAUAUAAUGAAAUAGAAUAUUUAUUCGACCAAAAAUUUGUAAAUAGUAGUAGUAUUGUAGGUUUCUCCUGGGUAUAGCAGGGGACUUGGAAAUUUAGCCUAAAAAAAUAAAAAUAUUACAGGUUGUUUUAUUAUUGUGCGUUAAAAGUAAGUUAUGUGGUUAUUAAAUACCAUAAAGUUUAGUUUUUAAGGAGCCAACAAAAUGACGAUAACAAAUUCAUAAUAUAUAUUUUAUAUUGUUUAGGAAUUAUAUGGGGAAAACCGAGAGAAAAACAAAAAAUUAUGUAUUGAUGCACCAUUAUUUUUAAAAAUAAUUUACAAUGGCAUAAAAAAGUUUUGAUUCAUAAUCUUAGAUUAUAACAAUCAUAGACAAAACAAGAAUGCAGGUCACAGUAGAGUACGCCGUAGUGCGUCACAUGUCAUAACAAACAAGAACAUUAGUUAGUUAGUUAGUAACAAUUAAAGUUGAAAAUGCCAAGGUGUGUUGUUAAAAACUAUAUUAUUUCGAAAAGUUAUAUAAUUUGUAAGGUUUAUAUUGACGGCCAUAUUUGUUUAUUUGAAAGUAAACUGGACUUGGUCAAUGUGAAAACAAAUGUUUUUUUCUAAUUUUGACAAACAAAGUGACAUUUGUAAGUGUCAAAAUACCAGUUGCAAAAAGAAAACAAAAAAAUGAAACUUUUUUGGUUUUACAAUCAAUAACAUAUAUUAUUAUUGAAGGUUUGUAUCGAAGAAGGGCUGAUUGACGUAUAAAAAUAGAAUAGAAAUAUUGUUUUGAUCCUUAUUUUCCAUUCUAAAUCGGCAAAAAAUAAUUAAAACAAUACACGACAAAUAACCCACUUCUUAAAAACUAAAUUACUUUAAUAAGCUUGUAAACACACUACAAGUUGUUGAAAAUACAUUAUAUUGUUUUCUAUUUGUCAAUAACAUGAUGCAUAUGCAACUAACAAUACAAAAAAGAAGUAAUAUUGGUUGCCUAGAUGUCAGUAAUGUUUUACCAAAACACAAUUUUAUAAAUAAUCUAGUCAACAUUAGAAAAAAUAUUGUAUGUAACUCGUUAAUGUUGCGGGACCUCGCUCUGCUCGUUACAUAAAACAAGGCAUUUCGUAACUGGUAUUAUAAAUAGCUAUUAUUAUUAUUGUAAACUGUUUAGGUAAUAUUUCCUGUUAGUGCAAAGAGUAACAUAAAAACAAAUACAAAAAUACUUCACAACUGGUUUUAACAGUUUUAAAAAUUGUUUAUUAGGCAUUUCUAUAUAAAAUGGGACUGGCCUAUUUAUUUUUGUUUAGAGUUAUAACGGUUGGAACCGUUAUUCGUUAUUUCAACACAAUCACCUCUACUCAAAUGUCAUUUGUCGUUUAUGCCUUGUGUCAAAAGUUCGUAUUUCAUUUAAUUUGAAUUUGUCAACGAAUCAACUUGAUUUGAAUUUUAAUAUAUCUAGGUCAUCCGAUGUACCAAAUAAUUUUUAUCUAUCGUAAAUUCCGUCUGAUUUUAUAAGGUAAGUUUUAAUACUGAUAUAUUGUUGAAAAUAUAUAUUUUGUACAAGAAUUUCUUAAAUAAAAUGUCAAAUUUUGAACAUAACCUCAACAAUGGAUAACACGUUUUAUAUAAAAUUAUAUUAUUUUGUUUGGAAUAAGAUAUUAUGCUUUACUAUGUUUAAAUAUGUUAAAUAAGAUUUUUCCUUUUCAUAUUAAUUUUAGUCUCUGUGAAAUUAUUCAUUUAAUAAUUAAAGUAUUUUAUCUAAAUCCUGUUCAAAUUUCCUAUUUCCUGUCAUAACAUUUCCAUUUCUUUUUAGCAUGGCUAUAUCUAGACGGUUUAUUUGGAGUUAUAUCUAGACAGUUUAUUUGGAUUUAUAUCUAGACAGUUUAUUUGUAUUUAUAUCUAGACGUUUUGAAUUCCUAUCAAGAAGUUUUAUGGUUUUUAUACCUAAAAGUUUGGUACAAUCUGAAGACCGUGGUUUGUUUCAUCUAUAGAAGAACUACACGUUCGAGUUUAAGUUAGAAUACCAAAUUUCACGAUAUCAUUCAAGUUCCAGAAUUAAGAAUAAGGAUACCGAAUCCCUUUGAAGUUGCCUGAAGAUAUACCAUGCGUUAAACAUACCUAUUACCUUCUUUAACUAAAGAUAAGUACUUUUAAAUAAAUCAUCUUAAAUUUGAAUUUAGUAAAACUAUGUGAAUUAGAAUUUGCUAUCUAAAACUUGGUUUAAAUAUAAUUUGUUAGUGGUUAGUGAUUUUCUAUAUUUUUAUCACUAAUCUAAAGUUAAGUAUAGUAAGUUUUAAAUAUAGUGGUGCCCAACUUCUUUUUCAAAGUUAUUUAAUAACCUAACCCACGCCCAAAAUCAAUUGAGCUAAAACACAUUAUAACAAAUAGAUAAAAUAUCAAGUAUCACGUUACAGAGUUUAUUAUUAUUAUUUAUAAGUAAAUUUUCUUUAAAUACAAAUAGUAAUAAUAAACAGCUCUGUUAAUUUAAUUAAUACUCAGUCAUAAGUUCUCUUUAUAUUUUCUAAAAUUACACUAGCCUAUUUAGUUUAUAAAGUUAUAAAAAUAAAGGUGCAACAACAAAAGAUAAAUCUAUUUGGUCAUAUAAAUAAAUCUCAUAUACCUACUAAAUAAUUAAGUUAAAUUACCCAUAACUGGUGACACGGAGUCCAAUAGAGUCCAAACUGUAGAUUUUUUGUGUACCUAUAAACCUCACACUCAGUAACUUCGAGUCAUACCAGAGACAACUUAACGAGACGUGCAACUUUAUAUAAAAAAUCAUUUCUGUAGAUCGCUCAUGCAGCGUAUAUGGUUUUCCUCCUUUUCUCAUAGUAUUUGUAGAUAUGACCAUAGCCUAUUUUCUGUUCUGCUUCUGUCAGCUGUCAUGUAUAAAUCUGUCAGCUGUCAUGAAUAAAUCUGUCACAACAAUUUAUAAUUCAUAGCCAUUGCGCUUCUCGUUUGUUGGAUGUUUUGGAACGUUAUUACCUAAUAUAUUUUUUCUACGCUUAUGUCAGUAAACGUUAAAAAUCGCAUUGUCAAAUGACAUUUAACAAUAACAUGCACGUAAUGAGGUCUCAUAACAUACACGUGCGUUUUGAUAAGAAAACUUAAAUUUCUUGGUUUAAUCAAACUGCAAUCAAAUUUUUAUCUACUUACGACAAUAUUUGGUCCAUUUACAUAAAUUUAGUCAAUUGAAAAACAUAAAAAAUGUUUAGCAUUAGCGAGAUACAUUCUGGAUUAAAAAAAUGAUGCCCCUAAAUGUUGGCAACAUAUACAAUUUUUCAAAAAAUAGGUCACGUUUUCUUAGCAUGCUAUGGACGUAAACGUCUUUUAUAUUGUCAAUUUCUGUAACAAAAUAUUAUUGUAUUCGAACAUUUUCUUUACCUAUGAAUAUGUCUGUUAGUAGUGAAAGUGAUGAAUUUAUGAGCACUCCAACAGAGAUUUUAGAAAAAACUCAAACUGCCACACAUAAUUUGUUACUUCUAAAAUCCAAACGAAGGUACGAAAUUACCUAUCGAAAAUUUAUGGAUUGGGGACACAAGCAUAUGUCCUUUAUUUAAUAGAAGAAAAUAAGUGGGCGUAGAAAAAGUAUAGUACGUUACACGAGUUUUAAGCCCAUUAUGCACUGGUGAAACUUUUUCACUUCGUGCGUUAUGGGUUACUUACAACUCUUGUUACGUAAUAUACAAUGUGUUUAUUUUAUAUUGUAGUUUUCUGUAUACGUAUUUUACUUUUUUGAAUUUGUUUCAUUGUACAUAACUAAACUAGUUUAGACUUUUUUUGUUAUAAAUUAUGAAGAGCAAUGGCGGAACUUUGUUUAGAUUGCGGAUGCGGUGAGCUAAUUAGAUUUUGGGCAGAGUCGGAACUUCUGGGGGGUACUUUAUUCAUUGUCGCUUUUAUAUUUUAUGGAAUAUAUCUGUUAUUUACGUUUGCAAAAGAAAAUUCUUUGAAUAAAAGUUACUUGUAAUAUUCUGUAUUAUUUUUUAUUUCAUACAUGAUUUUCUUAAAAAUGAUAUUCGUAUUCAAGAAAUUUGACAAAUUGUAAAAAUUUCAAAUUUUUAAGAAAAUUGUUCAAAUAAAAGUUGUUCUCUCUAAUUCUGGUUCUAUAUAUACGUAGUGGCCCAAAAGUCUGGAAACGGUCAAUUAUCUCGUAAAGUAAUAGUCCUAAUUAUACAAAAUUUGAGGUACAUCUAUUUUAGGAUACGGAAAUUCCAGAUUUGAUAUUUGCAAUGAUGCCAGAUUUACCAUUUCUUUUAUAUUAUUAGUCACUUUGGUUUUUCAAAUUCAUACGUGGGCAGUGCUUGGAAAACUUUUAUUAUUAAUUUUAAGAAAAAGUUUGUUCUCAAAUGUAAAAUACCUUCAUAUUUUGUGACAAACCUCUUAAUAACUUUUUCUUAAAACUAAUAAGAAAUUUUCCACAUACAUACUUGAGUAGACAACAUUGAUUUAUAUUGUUUUUAUUUAACAUUCCCGCUUGUACAUGACAUGUCUCAAUAUUUUUCUAAAUAAUGUACAGGAAGAGACCAUAUUUAGAAGAACUAUGAGCCACUCCGGUUCUUGCUUUCUAUUACAAUCGCACAGUCAAAUUUUGCCGAACUAAAUAUUUACAUUGUCUCAUGUUGUCUCUGGUUACAAUGGAUCAGUGUGUUUGGAGCCUUUGAGUGUAUUGCAGUUUAAAACAAGGCUGAUAAACUCCACAAAUAAUGAGGAGUUUAAAUAUAUAAAGAUGCAAUUGAUAAAAGUGAAGAAUUACUGGAAAUUAGGAAAUAUUGGUACCUGUGCCAAUCAAGAGUGUGCAGAAAGUUAAAAUAUGGUAAGAAAAUGUGUUCACCAUGUAAUUCACAAAAUGAGUACUUUAAAUCUCUGCAACUUUUUAUUUGGUGUUAUGAACUAGUAUAUAUUUUUUUACAGGUAUCAUUAAUUAUUACUGUAUUACUGUUAUUAUUAUUAUUAUUUUAGUCUCUUUCCCAAAAGACAAGUAGUAAAGCAGUUAUUGAUAUUGAGUAUUAUUUUAAUGUUACUCUGUAUGUUUUCAAAAAAAAAUGUUAUGUAUUUAAAAUGCUUCUUAUGAAUGUAUUUUUAAUGCAUUAUAAGGUGGAAUUUAUCAUUACUCAAAAUUUUUACUAUUUGUGCGAAAAUCCCGAAAAAUUAACACGGCACCAGUUAUGGGUUAUAUCAGAUGGCAUUUGUGAACAAUUCUAAAUUUAAAUCGAAAAGGUAUUGUACAUAAUAUCUAUAUUUACUUUUAAAACUUACUUGAUUUACAGAAUCUGGGAAAUUUUGCGUUUCCAAGCAAAAAGCUCCAUGUUUUUUAAUAACUCCAUUUUUACCAUUCAAAUGACAAUCUUCUGGCAGAAAAUUACCUGUAUAAAACUGAAUACCACGUUGGUCAGUAUACACCUCUAAAACCCUACCACUUCCAGGAUCUUUUACCCUAGCAGCGACCUUCUGAAGUCCUCCACAAGGCGUUAGGCAAAAAUUAUGAUCAAAACCUCCUCCAGGUACACUGCUAAUCACGUUUCCCAAACAUUGUGUUUUCGUAAAAUUAAAAGGUGUGUCUGUUACCUGGAGAAAUUUCC